AUGCAGAAAGAGCUUAGCGGCAUACUCCAACGAAGAGAAUAUGUCGAACAAACGCGAAACAAGAUAAACGCCAUUCAAGAAAGCCCUGCAGAAAGACCCAUGCAACCAAUCCGUGGCAACAGACUCACUUGCAUAUAUUGCAAGCGAUUCGGCCACCAGUCCGCCGACUGUCGAAUAAUCAAGAUAACAGAGAGAGCAUCCUUUCUGAGAAGGAAUAAGCUUUGCCUCAACUGUGCAAAGCCGUCCCACACAGUAGAUGUAUGCUUGAGCCCUCCAUGUCAAAAAUGUGGCAAAAUGCAUCACGUCUCGCUAUGUAUGGCUCAAGUCAGCCAGCAGAAAAUACAAAAUCCGCCAGAAAAUCGUCAAAUCUCAACGAGCUUCACCCAGCCAGUGCUCCAACAAGCAGCACGAAUACGGCAACCAGCACAAAAUACGAGGAAUGCAACGUCAAAAAGAAAGGCAAAAAACACUCCCGCGAUCAACCAGAAUGCAAUCGUUCAACAAGGAUCCGAUGCAACAGUGGUGCCCAACAACGAGAAAAGGGACCAACAUGCCACUGGCGAAGCCAGCAGAGCAGAAGUCCUACUCUUAACAGGAACCACGACUAUUCUGGGCAAAAAUGGCUCAAAGAAUCCCAUACUAACGGGCCAUGCAAAGAAAGCGAACUUGACGGAAGACGAUCUUCACGUCAUAAAUCGAAAACACAUACAGCUUUCAAGCAAACUAGAUGAAGAGCCCUACACUCCACAGAUCCUGUUAGGUUGUGACUAUCUCUGGAACGUUAUGGAACAGCAGAACGAAAUGCUACCCUCGGGACUGUAUCUGUUACCUUCACAGGAAUCAAUGGUAAACGUCGUGCAACUCACCAACUCGUGGAUUAACUGGGACCGAUUCAGUUCUAUAAAGAAGCUCACACGGAUGACAGCCUGGAUACUACGUUUUCUUCGAAAAACAAUAGCAAAACUACCAAUAGAAUCGAGAAGACGCAUCCAGAAAACCAUUCCGGAGCUAAAAGAUGUGCAAUGCACAGCCCAGCCUAACGCAGAGGAACUGAAAUUGUCUCGAAAUAUGUUGAUAAAGGUGCAUCAAAGGCAAUAUAAAGAUGAAAUAUCAUCUACAGCCUACAGGAAGCUGAAUAUCCAGAAGAACGACGAUGGAAUUUGGGCAUGCCAUGGAAGAUUAGGACAGAGCGACCUAUCUGAGAACACGAAAAAGCCUAUAUUCGUGGUACCUAACUCAAUACUCGCACGUUUGAUUAUUCAACAAGCGCAUGGCAAAAUGCACCUUUCCACAGCACAUACGAUGGCCGAAGAACAUACUCCACGAGUUGAACACCAACAUCCCUAUAACUUGAGGCCAAGGAAACCAAAACCCAUACUUAAUAUUAAUAUCAUUACUAAAAAGAAUAAUAUUCUUGAAGAAAAUAAGUAUGGAGAUUCACCUACUAAUGUUUCUGAUUUCAGCAUGGAAGCUCAAAUGGAUGAUGUGAAGAAGCUGCUCCAGCAGAUUGCCCUGCGUCCACGUGCGGUCAUUAACGACAAGAUCCUCCAGGAACACCUCAUGGCAAUUAAUAAUGGUAUCGACAAGCUUCUGAAGAGAGCCGAGGAUGUUGUCGGGCAGUACCGUGAAGCCGAGUCCACCUUCGUCACUGCAAAUGUCUCACCGAUGAAGGCUUACAACAAGAGACGUAUAUUCGAUCAGCAGUUGACGGAGUUGCAGACGAAUCUUCACUGCGCUGGCUACGUAUCUGAGCUUCUAUGGAACACCUAUGACGAGAUGGUGAAGGCGAAGGUGGCUAUGGUCUCCAAAAAAGACCACUUUGCAGCUAAGAUUCUGGAGAGUGGAAGGCCGAUCGACAAAACAUCUACGCGAGUCUACAUAACCUCUGAGCUUCGAUCAAUCGGUAAUGUGAUUACGGAGAUUCGCGAGAUUCGCUAUCAACCAUGGGCACGGAACGAACAGGAGUCGCUGAUCGACCAUGUUAAACAACUGCAACUCCAAGUCAACCACCUGGUCAAAGUUGAUUGCAAUAACGAUAGCUCACUGCCGACGGAAGAAAGGCAGGAAGGUGAAAGGAAGCAAGGCCAAAUGGAAAAGGUCGCUAAAAAGACCAAGGAAAUUUCAACCAGAGUAAAGGCACUGGACGAUUCAAUAAUUACAUGGCAGGCUGUAGAAAGUAGCCGAUUCGAUGAGCUUAAAAAAGAUAUGGAGAAUUUCCAGAAUAAGAUGGAAGAGCGAAUCGAGAAUGCUUUGAAAACCAUCGCUCAGCAAAUGAUGGAGCAAAUGAAGCAAAACGUCAAGGAACCGCAGCCGCCAGUAGAGGUGAAUGAUAGCACGCCUCUGCAGGAAGAUACCCUCAUCCUAUUAGAAGACGACAUGGAAGUGAUGCAAAUGGCUUACCCUCCGGACAAGGCACAGAAGGCGCAGUCGCCAAAGGAGUCUCUCAGAGGCAUAGAAGAGGCGACCCAGCGCUCGAAGAUUAUCCGCAAGGGACGAGAAUAUGACCCAGACGAGGUCACAGCGCGCCAUCCAGCAAAGGUCGCAAGAGUCAGCGUUGACAGGACGCCUGCCAGGGUAUCACAAGCCAAGCAACAACUGAAGUACUUGAGGGAAUGUCAACCAAGAAAGAUCGGUGAUUCAAAAACUACCCUUUGUACAAGCGGAGCACGUGUGGUGAUUUGCGACUUCUGUCGAAAACGCGGAAAACAUACCAGUGACGCUUGCACAACCUUCCCCACUGUAAAGGAAAGGAGAGACCUCAUCAAAGAGGAAGAAAUGUGCAGAAGGUGCUUGAGGAGCCGCUGUGGGGAAAAGUGUGAGAAGACUGUAAGAUGUGGAUAUUGUGGUGACAGAACUCACCAUGAGGCACUGUGCAAUUUGCCCGAUGAGCGCCAGGAGUUGAACGCGAUUCUCAACGAAUACGACAAAAAGCGCUGGCGGGAGUGUGCGGAAAGGGAUCCGCACUAA